GACAGUUGAUCUGCAUCUGUUGAACUAAACACAAUAUGAAGCCGAAAACACUAUGUUUAUCCUUCUUCAUCGUGGCGUUUCUUCUUGCCUCUGAAAUGCCAAGCGUCUAUGGAAUGUAUUUAACUUACGGUUUGUUACGUUUUGCAGAAAAAGAACUGAUGAAUUUGAUCAGUGGUCUAGCUAAUAGCAUUAACAAUAUUCUGUUGGAGCGCACUACAAUGCAGCCGAUUCCAAAGAAUACUGCUUUAAGCAAUCCAGAACUGGUAGGGAAAGAUGGAAGCGAAAGUGCAGACAGCAAAGUUUCAGAGGAGACAGAUAAUUCGCAGGAAAAAGAUGUUACCGAUGAAAAUAAGGACACUGAUAACUCGACAGAGAAGAAUGAUAGCGAAAGUGGAAAUAGCAAAGUUUCUGAGGAGACAGAUAAUUCGCAGAAGACGGAUAGUUCGCAGGAAAAAGAUGUUACCGAUGAAGAUAAGGACACUGAUAACUCGACAGAGAAGAAUGAUAGCGAAAGUGGAAACAGCGAUGUUUCUAAGGAGACAGAUAAUUCACAGGAAAAAGAUGUUACCGAUGAAGAUAAGGACACGGAUAAC